CGGUAAUGUUGCGAAUACGAGUAUGAAAAAUGUUUAUAGUUUAUUUUGAAUGGUUAAACGUGUAUAUAUUAUUGUUUAUUGCAUCAGUUUUUCUGAAUUUAAUGAUUAAGGUAAUGGUAGAAUUCUGUUCUUACCAUUGUCGAUAAAAGUAGAUUCCUGCAUUAGAUUGGUUCCUUCAGUCGAGAUACUCUGAAUAUACAAAUAUAUGAUAACGAUGAUCAAGGUUAUUUGAAUUUAGCGAAUAUUUAAAAAUUAAUGGCUUAACAAAUGUCGAUUUUUGGUUAUGAUGAGACAUCAAGACAUUAUAAAUGACAAUGAUACAGAGACCGAUACUGCCGAGGAAGUCACAGAAAGCGAGGAAACUUCAUCAACAGGAAAAGUUACUCCUCAACAAUUAACAAUAUCCUUUUCAAAAUUGUCCUAUAAAAGACUUCCAAAAAAAUGUGUUAAGUUUUCUUUUUUGAGUCUAAACAGUGUUACCUUUAUUGCUGGUUUAAGUGCUGUGAUCAUUUCAAUUUGGAUGCUUGCUGAUAGUAAAAUGAUGUCAAGAUUGAUUGGACAACGUAUAUAUAUAACAACGUUACUCAUGAUAGGAAUAUUCGCAUCUUUUUUGGCAGUAAUCGGUAUAUCUGGAUUUUUCAAAAGAAAAUCAAAUUUUUUGAUGAUCUACAUAAUAUUCCACGCACUAUUCCUUUUUUUAAUCUUCAUCUGCUCCAUUUUGAGUUUUUCAUUAUUCGAUAAACUUACGAGAAGUAUUCAUGAAGAUAUGGCUAACUCGAUAGAAAAUUAUCGUUACUUGGAUUGGGUUACAGAAGCUUGGGAUAAUACGCACAGAUAUUUAAAAUGUUGCGGUAUUCAAUCUCACGAAGAUUGGAUAAAACAUGGUAUGCUUAUACCACAGAGUUGUUGUUCAACUACCGUUGAUAAGUGUUUAAACAUGUCCGCCGAAGUAGUGUACGAGUCUGGUUGUUUAAAUGGCGCCGUUGAUUUCCUCAAAUCUUCAAUUCACACUGUAUCCAUGUCGGUCCUUUUUGUGUCGUUAGCUCUAGUACGUAAUACUUUAUUUAAAAUAAUAAUAAUAAUCGUUAUUUCGAUGCCCUUAUUUUUUUUUUUUUUUUUUUUUUUUAAACAAACCAUAUCUUUCAUUUUUAGUUCGCGAAUUUGUUCUUUGCUCUUGCCGUACGAAAAAGAUUCAAGAUGUAUCCAUUGAACUAAUAACGAUCGUUUGUAAUUAAAAAAGAAAGAAAUCACUGUGAUCAGAAGUGAAUGACAAGUCGUCGAUGAAACGUUUUUUUUCCCCUUUUUAUUAUCAUAUAUAGAUCAUAUAUUUUCUGAAAACACUUAAUAUAUUGUACUUAAGAGAUAGUAAUAUUGUGUGUGUAAGUUUAUUGGACAUGCUGUUAGGGUCAUGACAUUCCUUUCUGCCACUGGGCAGUACAUCUAUAUAUUUAUAAACAUAUAUAUGUAUAUAUAUAUAUAUACACAUAUAUAUUUCGAGUUACGAAUUUAUUCUGUACCUUUUAUAAUUUUUUUCUUAUUUCCGUUUUCUUUGUUCUACCGCGAUAAUUUGUCAUUUAUAUUAAAGGGGAAAAUCUGGGCGACUUUUUUUUCUUUUUUGGAUCGGGAAUAGAGAAGAAA